AUGGAACUUAGAUUUGGUGUAGAUGCUGACAAUAUGUCCUCGGCUGAACGGCAGUACUGGAGACGGAAGUUGCCGGCAAAGUUUCAGCUACUGUUGGAGCGUCUAGGACGAGUAAUUGUGAGAGAAAACCCAACGAAUUUGUUAGAAUUCGCAGCAAAGUAUCUGGAAGAGAAACUGCUUGAAGAACAAGCUGAACUGAAGGCCCUGCCAGAACACUCGUACCUGAAGCAACUGUUAGAGAAACGAUUCCCACCGGUACCCUCCAUACCGCCAAGAAAUGAUUCUGACGCUGACCAUGCAGAGGCCGUUCUCGCUUCGGCUAUAGGUCGGUUUAUAUCCAGAAGGUUUGUCUGUAAUCAGAAUUAUGCUGAGGCAAUCAAAUCGCAAGGUGACCUUAUUUAUGUUAGCAGUGACGAACAAAGCAAAAUGCAUUAUCUAGGAACAAGUAAUACUUUUAAGCCAGGAUGA